AUGCUGCUGCUGCUGUCGCUCGCCGUCGCCGUCCUUUUCGUCAAAGCCAACGACUACGACAUCGAAGUUCUGCCAGGUGAUUGUUAGUUUUUAUGUUGCAGUUCAGCUGAAUCUAUGAAUUUAAUUUUUAAAUUUCUCUUGAAGAUAUCAUUGACUAAUAACUAGAUUUUUGAGAAUCGCAACCUGCACUCAACCUGAAAAAAAAACUGUAAUAUGAGUUCCAUUUUCUAAAGUACGCUUCAAGAUUUUGCAAGAGACUAGGUGGUCUUAAUAUAUAGUAUUUGCAAAAAAAAGUAAUCCGAAAUCAUUUCCUAUUUGAGUCGUGUAACAGCUUAUUACGAAAGAAGAAUCUGAGAACAAAAUCUUCAAAGUUCAAUUUAUUUCAAAGUAUUAGUCGGUUUUGAACGUUCAUUGAUUGGAAAACUUUCCGUCAAGUUGGUUGAAAAAAUAUCCUUCUGAAAAGCCUAACCGAAGUUAGAUUUUUCCAAAAACAAAUUCUCUAAAUUCUCAAUGGGCUUUCGACCACUGUUCUCAAUUUCUUGGAAAACUUCACCUGCAACUUUAAAUUCAAAGGACACUUUCUAAAAUCUACUUUUCUUUAAUUGGUUCUAAACGAAUAUAUUUAUCCGUACAUACGCAGGUAAAAAAAACUCCUACUCAAGCAAAUUUGAUAGUUCUUAUAUUUAAAGAGAGACGUUCAAGUUUCACUCGUUGCAAAACGAAAAAAAAAAACAAGCAAUGUGCUGUUGACGUUGAAAAUAGAAGCUUCAGCGUUGAGCGAAAAUUCUUGAAAAUGAGUUUUUGCGAAAUGAGUUACUCCAGGAAGAAAAGCCAAUUAGAGGGAUUGAAGGGAAUUCAGAAUCGUGAAGAGUGAUGACGCUAUCUUAGAAAAAAAAGAAUAAAUUAUCUGCCUAAACGAGCUGAAUUUUGAGAAAUCAUCAAAAUUUAAGAAAAAUGCGAUUGUCGUGAUUGGUACGGCGGGUGCCGUUUAAAGGAUGAUAAGUGGACAGAUGACUCUGUUUGGAUAUAUACUUGCGAGAAGACCAACAGGUGUUUUUAUCCGAUAAAAAAGCUCCUUCAAAAAAAAAAACUUGUAGACAGGAAGCGACUUUUGAAGGAUGCGGCUCUCACGACGGAAAAGUCGUUUCGGUCAACUCCAACACGACCAUCGACAACUUAUGGCACACCUGUGAGAUAAACGAAGUCUUCCAAAAAUUCGAAAUAGGUAUUGCUUCAGUUAUUACUAACUACCAAAACCGAUACAGAGCCUCAUUGUGAAACGAAAAACGGAAGAAAAAAAGUCGGUGAGCUUUUUCGCGAAGGAACAUUCCAAUGGCUAUGUCUGCCGACGGGACUCUGGGUGAAAGGUAAGUCAAAAGUAGAAGAUUAAUUUAACUGAUUAAGGAUGCUACUACAAAAACGAGAAUGGAGAAACAAUUUUGAUCCCUGUUGGUGAGAAGAGAUUAAAUGGAGUGGUCGAGCACGUCUGCUCUAAGAAGCAAGAAUACCCUGCAAUAGUCCAAUACUACGCCCAGGUAACUCUGUUUUUCUUUUUCUCUGAACCAGGAAGAAAGAAGAUAUUUGGAAAGGUGAGAAGAAAAACGUCUUAAACCAGGAAAGGCACUCAGUCGUGUCCGAUUACAUGAAAUUAAAAGAAAGCAUGCAGGUUCAAAGCGGAAUCGACGUCGUUCCAGGCCUCGGAGGAACAAAUCGCAAUUUGCCCGAAGCGGCUUCCAAUUUGGUCAACGACGCUGAGGUGCUUUUUUGAGCAAUUAGUCCAUUAUGAAUCAUAUUCCAGGCGAAACGGUGGAUUCAUGAUUCUGCAGACGCUUUCAUCUCUUCCGACAAAUCUCGCUCGUUUAUUCGUUAUUUGCCAGCAAGUCGAAAACCAUAG